GUGUGUGUGUGUGUGUGUGUGCGGAUGUCAUCCAUUGUCAGCCGGUCUACUUUGCGAGUUUUCCCCAGAAAUUCCCUCUCUGGCCAGUUGCUGAUCAAUCUCAGGAGGAUGUCCAAGAGUGCUCUGGUGAUUCUGGCUCCUGGAGCCGAGGAGAUGGAGUUCGUCAUUGCGGCUGACGUUCUGCGCCGCGCCGAGGUCAAAGUCACUGUGGCUGGAUUGGGAUCAGCGGGACCCAUUAAGUGCUCGCGCGACGUGGUCGCUGUCCCUGAUGUCUCACUGGCCGACGUGGCUGGGCAGGAGUUCGAUGCAGUUGUGCUGCCGGGAGGUCUUGGCGGCGCCAAGGCGCUGUCUGAGUCGGCGGAGGUGGGAAAAGUGCUGAAGCGCCAUGAGGAGAGUAACAAGCUGAUUGCGGCCAUCUGUGCGGGUCCCACGGCUCUCGUGGCGCACAAGAUUGGCGUGGGAAAGUCCAUCACUUCCUACCCAAGUGUCAAGGAUAAGGUAACCGAGGACUACAAGUAUGUGGACGACAAGACGUGCGUUCAGGAUGGACAACUGAUCACCAGUCGUGGCCCAGGAACGGCCUUUGAGUGGGCCCUCAAGAUUGCGGAGAAUCUCGCUGGACCUGAGAAGACUCAGGCGGUGAAGAAAGGCAUGCUUUUGUAGAAAUAAAGGGAGACAUUUUGCCA